AUGUUUUGUUCAUCAAAUGAGACAUCAGUUAGUAGUGGAAUGGUUGUUUGGACUCAAAAUGGUUUUACAUUAUGUUUCUUUGAUACUGUUACAACAUCGAUUUUAUUUGGUUUUAUAUUUAUUUGGGGUUUAAUACAAUACAUAUUUUAUAAACGAUAUGGAUUCAAAAUUGAACGUGAAUAUAUUGAUGCAUCAGUUUUAUAUGUUAUUCAAGUUAUACUAAUAAUUCUCUUAGCAUGUGAACCAAUAUUAUUAUAUGCAACUGAAACAACAGCAUUUGGAAAAACUAAACUUCCAAGUUAUACAAUAUUUCGUUGUGUUCUUCGUACAAUUGCUUGGUUACUUUCACUAUUAAUACUUCGUGUUGAACGAACUAAAAGAAUGCCAACAUCUCAAACACGUGGUCAUGGUUUAACGAUACUUACGUUUUGGUGUAUAGCAGUUUUAAUUGAAUUAUGUGCAAUAAUAUCUUAUCGAUCACCAUUAUGGUUUUUUCAACCAAUACUUCGAGGUGAUCCACCAGUUGAAGAAAUUGAUAUAAUUCGUUUUAGUUAUUGGAUAUUUCGAUUAAUUGCAACAAUAUUAAUAUUUUGUAUUGGUCUUCGUGCACCUGGUGUACCACAACGACGUUAUGCUAUUAUGUUAAAUCGUUCUAAUUCACAAAUUCAAGAAGAACGCAUGAAAGACAAUGUUUGGAUUAAAUUUUUUCGACAUUUUAAAACUUUAGCACCAUUUAUUUGGCCAAGUGGACAUUGGGGAUUACAACUAAAUAUUAUGAUUUGUAUUUUAAUUCUUGUAGCUGGUCGAUUACUUUCAUUAGAAGUACCAAGAUAUACAAAAUUAAUCACUGAUGAAUUAAUUCAAUCGAGUAAUAGUACAACUGAUACAUUUUUUAAUUUUGGUGCUCGAUUACGUACACCAAAUAGUUGGCCAUGGAAAUUAGUAACUGUUUUAAUGGUUUUUCGAUUUUUACAAGGCGCUGGUCCAUUUGGUUCUGGUGCACUAGGAAUUCUUCGAUCAGCAUUAUGGACAAAAAUUGAACAAUAUACAACACGGUCAUUAAAACUUCGAGUAUUUUCACAUUUGCAUAAUUUAUCAUUAAGUUGGCAUUUGACACGAAAAACUGGUGAAGUACUACGUAUUGUUGAUCGUGGUACAGAUUCAGUUGAUUCAUUACUUGAUUAUAUAUUAUUUAGCAUAUUUCCAACCAUAGCAGAUAUUAUUAUUGCUAUUAUCUAUUUUGUUGUACAAUUUAAUAUUUGGUUUGGUAUAAUUGUAUUUGCAACAAUGUUUGUUUAUCUUAUAGCGACCAUUAUUAUAACAGAAUGGCGAACAAAAUAUAAAAAAGAUAUGAAUAAAUUUGAUAAUGCUAUGAGUGGAACUGCUGUUGAUUCAUUAUUGAAUUUUGAAACCGUGAAAUACUAUGGUGCAGAACAAUAUGAAGUUGGACAAUAUCGAGAGGCUAUACAAAACUAUCAAAAAGCUGAAUGGUUCAGUGUAUUAACAUUACAACUCUUAAAUUUCGUUCAAGCAAUUUUAAUUGGUAUUGGUUUAACAAUUGGUUCACUUUAUUGUGCUUGGCUUGUUAGUGUCAAACGUGAAUUAACUGUUGGUGAUUAUGUUUUAUUUGGUACAUAUAUACUUCAAUUAUAUGCACCAUUAAAUUAUUUUGGUACAUAUUAUCGUCUUAUUCAACAAGCAUUUAUUGAUAUGGAAAAUAUGCUUGAUUUAUUUGAUAUUAAACCUGAUGUUGUAGACUCACCAUUUGCUAAAGAUAUUGUUAUUACCAAUGGAACGAUGGAAUUUGAUAAUGUCUGUUUUCAUUAUCAACCCGAGCGACCUAUUCUUAAAAAUGUAUCAUUUAGCGUUUUACCUGGACAAACUAUAGCUAUUGUUGGACCUUCAGGAGCAGGAAAAAGUACAAUUGUUCGUUUACUCUUUCGUUUUUAUGAUAUUCAAAGUGGUUCAAUUAAAAUAGAUGGUACAGAUGUUUCAACUGUAACACAAAAUUCAAUUCGUCGUUCGAUUGGUGUUGUACCACAAGAUACUGUUUUAUUUAAUAAAGAUAUUUUAUAUAAUAUUCGUUAUGGUCGAGUUACAGCAAGUGAUCGAGAAGUUGAAAAUGCUGCACGUACAGCUGAAAUGCAUGAUCGUAUAAAUACAUUUCCUGAAGGAUAUAAAACAAUUGUUGGUGAACGUGGUUUGAAAUUAUCUGGUGGUGAAAAACAACGAGUAGCCAUAGCUCGAACACUUCUUAAAGCACCGGCUAUUGUUUUAUUAGAUGAAGCAACAUCAGCACUUGAUACAUUUACUGAACGACAAAUUCAAUCAGCAUUAAAAAGUGUUUGUGAAGGACGUACAACACUAAUUGUUGCUCAUCGUUUAUCAACUAUUUCACAUGCUGAUGUUAUUAUUGUUCUUAGUGAAGGUACCAUUGUUGAACGUGGUUCACAUGAUGAACUUUUAGCAAAACCUGAUGGUGUAUAUGCAGCUAUGUGGAGAGAACAAUCAACAUCAUAUUCGGAUGCUGAUAAACCAACGACUACUAAUGAUAAUACAAUUAAUCCAAAAUCAUCUGAUUCAACAGAGCCCCAUCAUCAUCAUCAUCAGUCAUAA